AUGAUAUUUGAUGAUGAGAUAAUUGAAGAAAAGUAUGACCCAAGAAAAUUGCCAUCGAUGAUUCCAUCGUAUCAUCAUGAUUAAAAGCCUGCAAAUUCUUUAAAAGCAAAUGAGAUAAACAAAAGUUAAUAAAUAUAAAAAGGCUCUUCAGUACAAAUAAAAUUUAAAAUUAAUAACUCGAUUGGAUUAGAUUAUAAAGUAAGUGAAUAAACUCAUGUCACUAAUAUUACUGAAAAUGAAGAGUAGCACCCGUUUAAUUAGCUAACUUUGUAUUAGCAACGGAUUCCAUUUAGCUACAAAAGAAGUAACAGCUUAGAAAAUUUUGAUUCUAAGUUAGUAGAAGUUUUACAAUCUGCAUAAGAGAAGCAUGCUCAGAAAAUUCGAUCUAUCAAAGUCAAUUAAAAUUUAUUACAGUCAAUACACUUGGCCUAAUCUCAAACUCUGGAUUAUUGUAUGAACUGUAUCCACAAUCACACUGAUUAGAAUAAUUAAAGCGAUAAAAAUACUUAACAUAAAGAAGUAGACUAACAAGUAAGCAAAUCAAAAAAGGUGGUAUUUAAUAAUACAGAGGUUUUAUUUGAUAAAUUAAGACUGUGCUAUGACUCAUAAGUAAACUAAGGGCCUCUUGUUCCAUUCUAAAAGAGUUAAAUUCAAAAUAUACCUGCAGCAGCUAACUCUAAUCUAUUUUAAUGUUUAUGUCAUUGCCAUAAUUCUAAUCAAUUAGUUAGUACUUUUCGUCACAGCUCAAGCUGUAAAAGCCAUAGUGGAUUCAAAAGACAUAACUAAAAAUUUCACUCUUCAAUUAUAGACUCUUCUUAAUUCUAAUAAGCGACCUCAAACGUUUAAUAUAAGGAUUCAUCAAAUAGCAAUAUAUAAAGUAUUAACGAACCUGUUAUUAAAAAUAAUAGUUCGUUUAACAUUUAAUAUUUUCGUAACAAAUCUAAGAGAGCAGUAUCUAUGAUAGAGAUGAUUGAUAAUCCUGAAAUACGUAAAAAAUGGGUAAUUACAAAAGUAAUUUAAAUGAAUUUCGAUGUACAAUUAACCCACACUCUCAUCCAAUCAAUAGAUUACUUUAACUUGUCAAGAGAAUAAAUUUUGGAUUAAAUGAUAGAUAAGUUAAUUCUAUUCAAAAAACAGAGAAAUCAGCAAUAACUAGAGGGUUCUUUGAUUCAACCCCAAAUAACUAAAAACGAUUUCAUCAAGUAUUAACAAAGUAUGAAGUUGAACAAAAGUUCUUUCAGGAAUGAAAUUCAAAAUCAAUCAAACUUCAAUUUACAAAAGCAAUAGAUGGUAGCUAAUUCUAAUACACACAAUUUGGAAUUAUCUUAUUCGUUACCUAGGUAUAACGACCCUAAUUACACAAAAGGAAAUGCUGGUGUUUAAAGUGUUUAUUAUUAAAAACAUUUUUCUUAAUCACCACCCUGUAAUGAAAGCAUUCAGAUAAGUUAAGCAGUUGGUAAAAAUAUGAUUAAUUAUCAUUCAAAUAACAGUGCUAUUUUUAAUUCCUAAUAAGAAAAUGUAAGAUAAUCAGUUUCUCCAUAACGUAGAAGAAACAACUAUAUUAAAAAUAAAAUGAAUAAAAACAGCUUUGUUAAAAGCAAUGUUUCCUAAAUUAAGCUGAGCUAUAGCCAUAUUCAAUCUGAUGCUUUUGAAAGAAAAUAGAAUAUUAAAAAAAAAUCUUAAAUAUUGUAAUAAAAGUUUUUUAAAGAAACAAAAGUAGGCAUUUGUAGUGUUUGCUUUGAAGAGCAAGUCUUAAUUUAAAUUUCUUCAAGGUGCAAUCACUUUUUUUGUUCAUACUGCAUAACUAAUUAUUUUGAAGAAAAGAUAGCUAAAUGUGAUGUAUUAGAAAUAAAUUGUUUAAAUUUUUAAUGCCCAAACAAAUACACAGAGACUGAAAUUAAAGAAGUUGUAGAAACAUCUACUUUCUCCUAAUAUUAAAAGUUUAAAAAAUUGAUUCUUAUUAGACAAGAUCAAACUUUAAGAUGGUGUAUUUAGCUAGAUUGUAAUGGAGUAUUAAAAGGAAGUACUUGUAAUCCUAAAAUGUAGUGCCCAAUAUGUGGGACUUAAUAGUGCUACAUUUGCUCAGGGCUCUGGCAUGAAGGGAUUAGAUGUGAUCAAGCAAUUAAUGAAGAGUAUGAAAAAGAAUAGUAAGAAUUAAGAAAAAAUUGUCCUAAAUGUCUAAAAGAAGUUAAAAAAUCGAAAAAAUCAGUAAAUAAGAGUACUUGCAAAGCAUGUGGUCACAGGUUUUGCUGGCUAUGCAACAGAAAAGUUACUCCGUUUCAUUUCAGUACAUGGAAUUUCUUUGGGUGUCCAGGGAUGAUCAAUAUAAAUUAAAUACCAUCAUGGUAUCAAAAAAUGAAAUAUAAAAUAAAGGCUUUUUGUGAAUAUUUAGGUUAAAUGACUUUGCUACUUAUUUUACUUAUAUUAUAUCCUAUUUUGAUGGUUUUGGGAAGCUUUUUCUUACCUCUCUUAGUUUUUUUUAAUAAAAAUGGUGGAACUAUAAAAUAUCGAGGAAUUAAAAAGUUUUUUGUAGUCACAGGUCUUGUUCUAUUUGGAAUUAUAUUGUAUCCUGUGUGGUAUAUUAUUUCUAUAGUGCCAGGGUUGUGUUGGUUUACAAGUAAAGUGCUUCAUUAUUUACAGAGCCAAAGAGAUAAUCAAAAACAAGAAAGUGACGAAGAUCUUGACGAUGAAUUUGAGAUAUUUUCGUAGUAAGUAUCUAAAGGUAAUAACGAUAGUGGUCUGACAAAGCCAGUAUGA